CCUUAUAAGUUUAACGUAAUGACCCAAUUGUGUGAUCGUGGGAGAGUAUCGCCUCGUUUGUGUUCUUGUGCGGAUGAAACGGAGCAAAGUUUGCAUCCCGUGAGGGUUCUCCACGCGUUGUAGACACUGUCAGUUUGUGCGCACAGGACGACAUCGACCACUGGAUCAAAACUGUUCUCGUCAACGCAGACAGUGAUGAGCACCUAUAUCCAAACACAGGCCCAUCCCCCUCCAGCCGCACUAGGACGCAAAAAUUCGUUCUUCGGCGCCAUCAAGAACAUCGUCACUGCCCCACUCUCAUGGUUUGGUGGCAGCGAGGAAGACUUUGACGAUGGCGACGCUAGAGGAAAGCGAAGGCGGCUGCCCAUCGCUUCUGAACAGACUCGCGAUGACUCAGACUCAGACUCAGAGCAACGGACCAAGAGAAUGAGAAUGGGCAGCCCCAACAGAGAUAAGCAACCAUACCUUGAUCCUCCUCGAUCAGCCUUCAGGCAGCACCAUAGAACAUCUGAAGACGUACGCAUCCAAAAUCAUCGACAUGUUUCGCCCUCGCCACGAAAAGCUCUCCGUGUACCUACUACCACACCCCGUAAUAGACGCACGAUGUCCCCUUACCCAAGUGGAUCACAGCUCAAGGCACAGCCGUCUGUGCGUACUAUGUCUCUUGAUCCUCCAUCUGGACUAGGCUAUUUCGGUUCGCCAGCACGGUUGCAGCCAGUCCCGACUAUGCAAGAUCUCACUGAGGAGAAAGAUGCCAUGUCCAUCAGCAGGGAACCGUCCAUGUCAAACCUUCGUAUGCGUACGUCUGUUACACCCCAGCCCUCGGGUUCCGAUUUUGGCCCCGUUAUUCCCCCUCGCAGGGAGCGCGAUCCAACCGAACCGCCACCGCUUACGACAUUGAUGUCAAACCCCAUGUUUGUCAAGCCUCCGCCUGGCUUGCAGAAGUCUAGUACUGCAGAAAUGACCAGACAAGCCACUCUUGGUUCAUUAUUAGACUCUCAACGUAAGCAAACCCGUUCACCUGUCCGACGGGGAUCCGUUCUGUUCGGCACUGGAUCCAUGACGGAUAUAUCUGCUCCCCAUCUUUGGCCGAUCAAUCCCGCCGAGAAGGCCCUGCAUGAGCUUGAGGUAUACAAAACUCCCCUCCUUCCCUCGCGCCUCAAGGGUGCACCGAUCCCGGACACUUUUAUAUCCAAGAAGAGCCGCCCUAUCACUCUUAUGCAUGACCGGGACCGAGAGCGUAAGAAGGGGAAAGGCAAGAACAAGAUGAAGGAUCGAGAUGGUGUCAAUGGGACAAAGCCAUACGCGGGCGAGGGUGGCAUGAAGAAGUGGCUGGCAAGGAGGAGGCGAGAAGAGGAGGCGGUGCGAGCGUAUGAGGAGGCUGACCGAGAGAAGGACAAAGAGCGAGCGAUGGAGGAGGACGAGAGUGCUGAGCUGAGGCUGAAAGCGCAAUGUAAGAAGCAGAUGGAGGUUGCUGCACUCCCGAAGGCACCUGCAUUCGAGCCGAAGCUCAGUACCACAAGGGAGAUGUCGUCUCUCCGCGUUGGACGCUCGCGGAUGCGCAAUCACAUUGAGCGCCCGUCAGCAAAGCGCACAAAUAAGUUCUCUGCGGCGUUUGAAGAUGACGAGGAUGUUAUGGAUGAUGAAAGAGCUGCACUCGAGGAGGCUGCAAAGAAAGUACCCGUAUUCGAAAUCCCUGCUGGGUUCACGUUUGCGAAAGAGACAUCCAUACCUCAUGAUGCCACAGGCACAAAAGAACCACCCAUCAGUGCGCUUCCAUUUUCAUUGUCUAAACCGAUUGCACCUGCGGCCAAGCCGGUCUCAGCACCCGAGCCCUCUGCAGCCCCUGCUCCAGCAGUUCCUACCAUCUCGUUUGUUCCUCCUACCCCACAGCCGCCCAAAUCAGAGGAACGUACUGAGGCUGCACCCGUUACAGCUACCCUUUCCACGAGUGCUUCUAAUAUUCCCAAUUUCUUUUCUAAUACGGCUGCGUAUACCAAGCCGUUGGCUGUUACUACCCUCUCGGGAUCUUUUGGUGCACCCCCUCCUGUUCUCGCACCAACACCAGCACUAGCACAAGUGCCAGAGGCUCCAAAAGUCACUGAGGCCUCUACUUCCUUGUUUGGUACGCCUAUAACUGCUCUUCAAGUACCUGGCACACCAUCCGCCGUGCCUGUUGCGAAUUCUAUGUUCGGAGCAGCUCCUGUGUCUGCAAGUACCUCAAUCUUCGGCCCUUCUUCCACUAGCACUGGCACGUCAUUUGGUGUUUUAGCACCACCAAAAGCAGCACCUGCUGCGAUAGAGGUGACGCCUGUCGCUUCCCCCGUCAUUUCUCCGCCGCCGGCACAUGCCUCUACCCCUGCACCGUCCUCUUCGCCAUCCUUGUUUAGUGCUUCAACUGCACCUGCUGAAGUUGCCCCUGCAAAUGAAGCUCCGAAGCCAGCGGAGCAAGAAGCGAGCAAACCUCCGUCGCUCUUUCCGAGCCAUCCAAGCCUGGAUUCUCUUUCGGGGAACGAGCGCCGACGUCCUGCGAUGACAGAGCCAUCGAAGAGUGCUUUCUCAUUCGGCGGGCCCGCACCUUCUACGACCCUUGCGCCCGUGCCUGCUCCUGUGAUAGAGGCUCCAAAACCGUUUUUCGGGAAGCAAGAUACAACCUCGGCGGCUGGAUUCUCGUUCGGCCCACGCCCCAGCACUGCGCCCGCAGAGGAGAAACCUACUUCAGUUCUUCCGCCUUUCUCAUUUGCGUCUGCUUCACCUGCCCCAGCUGAGAAGAAGCCAUUCACAUUUGGCACCCCUUCUCCUGCACCACCUACUGCUACAGCCAAGCCAUUCAGCUUCGGGCAUGCCAAUGCGGGCAGCAAUACCGCUGACACGAGCAAACCGUUCAAUUUUGGGCAGUCUGCCCCUGCCCCUGCACCCGCCCGUCCCGCCACGCCACCAAAAGUAGACCAGGAGAUUAGCAUGGACGAGAGCCCGAGUCGCGACAUGAACACCAACGGGAAAGCGCCAGAACGGCUAACACUCGAUUUCUCUUCUUUCUCUGGUGCCAGUAGCACCCCCGCAGGGAGUACCCUCUUCGCGCAGAGCCCUGCUACGGCAACAGGCCCUGGAUUCGGAUUUAAUACGGCCAGUGCCAAUCCAUUCGCGAAGCCAGAGGACAAGGAGAAGCCGGGGAUGGCGUUUGGCUCUGGGAGCUUUGGCCAGCCUUCUGGUUCAGGCUUUGGAUUUGGGCAGGGCGCAACUGAAACACCUGCCCCGGCAUCUGCAGCGCCGUUCUCGUUUUCGCAGGCAGCAUCACCUAAUGUGGCGCCGACUCCAGGGUUUGGAUUCAGCCAGACCGCAAGCAACGCAUUUGGACAGCAGCAAAGCACAUCGUCAGCACCAUCGAGUCCGUCGGCAUUUAACCGCCCAGGGACAUCGUUCUCUUUUGGCACACCUGCGUCUACGCAGCCUGCUGCUCCUUCGUUUGCGUUUGGUGGUAGUCAGCCUGCGUCGCCAGCUACCUCUGCCGGCGGGCUUCCACAGCCCUCAGGCGGUGGGUUCGCAUUCGGUCAGUCGGGUGCAGCGCCGGCUGCAACGCCAAAUUCAUUUGCUCCUACUACCGCUUCAUCUGGCGGAGGUGCUCUAUUUACCAUCGGUGCUGCUCCCCAGCCUGAUGGAAGACAAAUCAAGAAGCUUCCUCGUCGUGGAGUUGGGAGACGCUAA